CGCCCUUUUUCUAUCACAAGUCAGGCGUCUGUCAAACCUGUGGAGCGUCUCUCUCUCUCUCUCUCUCCCUCUCUCUCUCUCUCUCUCUCUAUCCCUCUCCCUCUCUGUGUCCGUCUGUCUGUUCGGAAGACACUACACUACACCACACACAUACACACGUCGUCUUGUAGAGUAGUUGUAGUUUGGAGACAAUAAAACCGGUUUUACUGCCCUUUGGGGGAAUCUCCGCUGUCAUCCCGGAAGACUCAUCUCAUUCUCGCCCUUAAAGGAAGUUGAAGCGAACAGCUGUGUGUGCGUGGUCAUUUGGGAGCCAAUCAAGCAGCCAUGGACAUGUUCAUCAAGGGUCUCAGUAAAGCCAAGGAUGGGGUCGUGUCGGCGGCGGAGAAAACCAAGCAGGGAGUGACUGGAGCAGCUGAGAUGACGAAAGAUGGGGUUAUGUUUGUCGGUACCAAAACAAAGGAUGGAGUCUCAUCAGCUGUCUCUGGAGUGUCUCAGGUCAGUGGAGCCGUUGUAACCGGAGUUUCUGCUGUGGCUCAGAAAACUGUGGAGGGUGCAGGCAACAUUGCUGCUGCCACUGGAUUGGUCAAGAAGGAUGCCGCCAAACAAAGUGAUGAAGCGUCAGCAGUACAGGACCUGGCAGAGUCACCGAUUGAUACCGACCCUGCUGAUGCUACAGAGGACGACACCGAUGAUAACUGAUCGAGAACUUCACAAUCAAAGAUCAAGUGAUCGAUGACCGAAACAUUCCAUGUUGCUCUGCCAAGUCCCGUUGUGCCUCGUUUUGGUCCUUUAUGGAGUCUGUGCCCAACGUCUGUGAGUGUGUGCGUGUGUGUGUGUGUUUCUGUUUGUGACGUUACGUAUGUCUGUACAGCAGUUUAUGUGUAAAUGUUGUAGAGAAAGAGAUACGUGUGUGUGUGUGUGUGUGUUUAUGCGUGUGCCUUUUACACAUCAGUCCUGAAAGUGACCAGCUGUUAUUUACAGUAAGUAAAUGUCACUCUGUGUGCGUGUGGGUCUAUAUGUAUGUUUUCCGUCAACUGUGUGGCUAUGUCAAUAACCCAAACAAGGAAAUAUACCACUUCAAGCACCUAAGUGUCUCUAUAUAAAUGAACAAUUUGCAGUGAUCUGUUUGAAAUGGAAGCAUAAUGAUAAUCUCUAUUUUGGUCUGUAUACUGUCACUGUUUUUUGCGGUGGACUAUAAAGUGCUGAGCUAUUUGUGCAUUCAUAUUGUAUUUUUUAAGUUAUCACUGUUACGAUAAAAAAUAUAUCUCGUAUACUGAAUGGACUUUUGAAAACCAAGAGCAUGUAAAAGUACUCAGCCUAACCGCUGUGAUGACUUUAUUUGGAGUUAAGUGUUGAAUAAAAAUAAUCCAAAAAGUU